AUCUCUGUCUCUCCUCCUCUGGGCUCGGGCUCAUGAAGUCACUGGCCAGCAGCCAGCCACUCAGUGUCGGGCUGAAGCUGAAGGAGCACCGUUCUGUGUGAGCUCCACAGAUCAGGAGAGUCCUGGCGCAGUCCGCUCCGAGCGGGGACAGCUGCAGCAGGGGACCGGAUGGAAGUACCACCAUCCUGAGGACAUGCUCCUGUAAACACACUCUGCUGGGUUUUCUUUUUUGCCUGAAGCGGACAAGUUCACUUUCCUCCCUCCUUUCAGGUGAAGAUCUUUUUUAUUUAUAUCUAUUUUUUUUGUCCUUGAAAAGAAGAAAACGCUGCUGUUUUUGCUCGCCACCCCGGCCGUCCAGCACCCAUGAAUUCGGAUAAAAAUGUGUACCUCGGCAGGGACAAAGGCAUCAUGCGGAAGAGAGCUCUGCUCCUUCGGAAGGGUUGCAGCUUCGAGAUUACCAGCUCCGCCUCGGAGGACCUGGGCUGCAGGCGUGGAGACUUCAGCAGGAAACACUAUGGUUCUGUUGAGCUGCUGAUUUCCAGUGAUGCAGAUGGGGCCAUUCACAGAGCGGGACGCUUCAGGGUGGAGAACGGCUCUUUGGAUGAGACCUCAGACUACACUCCAGGAACAUGGAGGAGAACGGAUGUCCAUCUGGAAAAUCCAGAGUACCACACCAGAUGGUACUUUAAAUACUUCUUGGGAAAAGUCCACCAGAACUAUGUGGGUACAGAUGCAGAAAAAAACCCUUUUUUCCUGUCGGUCGUGCUCUCAGACCAGAACAACCAGCGGGUUCCUCAGUACAGGGCCAUCCUCUGGAGGAAGUCGGGCACUUUGAAGAUCAGCCUUCCCUACAGCCCAACCAAAACACUAUCAGUCAAGUCCAUCCUCAGUGCGAUGAACAUGGACCGGUUUGAGAAAGGCCCCAGGGAGAUCCUCAAUCCAGACAUUCAGAAGGACCUGCUGGUGUUGGAAGAACAGGAGGGUUCUGUCAACUUUAAAUUUGGCGUGCUGUUUGCCAAAGACGGGCAGCUCACAGAUGAUGAAAUGUUCAGCAAUGAGACGGGGAGUGAGAGCUUUGACAAGUUUCUCACUCUGCUGGGUGACACCGUCACACUGCAGGGAUGGGCAGGUUAUCGUGGUGGACUAGACACCAAGAACGACACUACAGGAAUUGAGUCCAUCUACACGGUGUAUCAAGGCCAUGAGCUCAUGUUCCAUGUGUCCACCAUGUUACCUUACUCUAAAGACAACAAACAGCAGGUGGAGAGAAAGAGGCACAUUGGAAAUGACAUUGUUACCAUAGUGUUUCAGGAAGGAGACGAGGCGUCAUCGUCCUUUAAACCGUCUAUGAUUCGAUCACACUUCACGCAUAUUUUUGCAUUAGUUAGGUACAACAGCCAGAAUGAUAGUUACAGGUUGAAGAUAUUUUCGGAGGAAAGCGUCCCGCUGUUCGGACCCCCUCUCCCAAUUCCGUCUGUAUUUACUGAUCACCAAGAAUUCAGGGACUUUUUAUUAGUCAAAUUAAUCAAUGGAGAAAAAGCCACACUGGAGACGCCUACAUUUGCCCAGAAACGCCAGAGGACCCUCGACAUGUUGAUCCGCUCGCUUUACCAAGAUCUCACGCCUGACCUGUACAAGGUUCCUUUUUCUCCCCAGAACAUGUUAAACCGGCGGUCCUUCAGCGACGUGCUGCCUGAGUCCCCAAAGUCUGCGCGGAAGAAGGAGGAGGCGCGGCAGGCUGAGUUUGUCAGAAUAGGGCAGGCUCUGAAGCUGAAGACCAUCGUUAGAGGAGACGCACCAACAAGCCUUGUUACCACUGGCCUGUGCAGAAAAGAGCCGUGGGAGUCCCAGUCAUUCUGUAGCACAUUCCCGUAUGAGAUUGUGUGCUCUGACUCGUGGGGUCAGUCUCUGCUGGUAGCCACAGACACAGCAGGGGUCAUGCUGUUGGAUGGCCCUGAUCCGACGUUGACCAAUGGUGAGACACAGACUCUCCCUCCAGUGCAGGUGUUUGAUAAAAGCAUAGCCGUGAAGCAGAUGCACAUUCUAGAGCCUCAGGACCUACUGAUCACCCGAGCUGACAAAGGAAAGGAUGCUCGGCUUUACGUGUUCAGACUCAGCGCCAUGAAGAGGUGCCUGGAGGAAAGGCAGCUUGUCAGAAGCAAGUGCGACUGCAGGGAGAAUAAACUGGAGAAAACUAAAGGUUGUCAUUUGUACUCUAUCAACACCCACCACGGCUCGGAGCUAAGAAUAGUAGCGGCCAUCAGGACCAAACUCCUCCUAAUAACCAGGAAACAUCCUGGUUUCAGUGCUGUUGCCUCGCGAGCUGACUCUCCUGUCGAGGAAUUUCAGUACAUACGGGAGAUCUGUCUGUGCGACCUGCCCGUGGUGAUGGCCCUGGUGGACGGUCCAACGGGGGAAAAUGACAACAUGAUCUGCGUGGCCUACAAACAUCAGUUUGACCUGAUCAACGAGAGCACCGGGGACGCCUAUCGGCUCCACCACGUAGACGCCAACAGGGUAAACUUUGUAGCAGCCAUCGAUGUUUAUGAAGACGGUGAGGCAGGUCUGCUGUUAUGCUACAACUAUAUUUGUUACUACAAGAAAGUUUGCCCGUUCAACGGCUCCACACCGAUGAUCCAGUCCAACACCUCGGAUUUCCACUUCAGCUGGAACCAGAUGCCAAAUGCUAUCGUCGGACAUCUAUUUUGUCUCGUCGGCGCCGGUGAGCUCAGCCUCCAACUGCAGUUCAAGAGACACCAGCUCCCAGAGCUCCCCGCAGACACCCACAGGCUAUGAGAUGCCCGUGUUUCCUUCACCGCUUGGAGAUGAUUCUAUACGGAUCCCCUAUGGUACCAAGCUUUCCCUGUACAUGUCUAAGGAUGCUGAAGGCGAAGCAACGUGUAAGCACAUCUUCAAGAUUCCUUUGUGUAACUUGGUGGGCCGCAGCAUCGAAAGACCCCUGAAGUCCCCCCUGGUCAACAAGGUGCUGGCGGCGCCAGCCCCCGCCAUGAUCGCGCCGACCCCGCUCAUCUCGGCCACGCACUCGCUGUCCUUGUCCCGCAUGGAGAUUAAAGAGAUCGCCAGCCGCACGCGGAAGGAGCUGCUCGGCUUGACGGAGGAGCCGAGCGGGAAAUCGGACAGUGGAUCGGUCAAACAGAGGAAGAUGAGCAAGAAGAACACUGAAGAGGAGCCCAAAGCGCGGCCGCUGACGUCAACAAACAGUGACAGCAGGUUACCGUCGGAGUCAGGUGAAUCCGAGCUGGACGUCCAGCUGCACUGCUCACCCAGUUUGGAGCUGGAGUCGGAGGCGGUGGCGGCGGCACUGCAGACGGAGAGUCCACCUCUUGCCAGUGUGUUCGCGAUCUCCACAUCCUUCGAAAAUGAUGUCCUGGACCUAAAGUGAAGACAAUCCUGUUGUGCACUUCUCUGCUCACUCGCUCCCAUGCUGUCACUCUUUUUUUUUUUUAAUUUGUUAGAUUUUUUUAAAGAUUUUUAUUUUCUUUUUUUUACCCGGGUCUUUUCAGUCUUCGGACAGGCUCACCAUCAGGGUGGGAGAUAGCAGACAGGUUUGUGUGCACGUUUGUAUUCACGAGCCAUCUCAAAGCCGCUGUGGGUUUGGUAUUUGUGUCGUUCCGCAGCAAAAAAAACCCCCAAAGAGGAUGUACGGUCGCGUGUGUCUGGGAGAACAGUUUUUGAAAAUCACAAAACUGUAUGUAAACCUGCGCGCCGAGGUACAACAAAGGUCCGAUGGUCCACAGCUCCUUCAGAAGUUGCUAAAUACGUGUUGUAUAUUAUGUGUUGUACAUUAUUUCAGCCCCGCUUCCAGAUGUUGUAUGAUAUGCAUAUGUACGUGUACAUCUGUUUAUACAAGAAGCUGCAUACAUCGACAGGCAUACUUCUGUCUGCUCUGUAAUGCAUAUUUAUAGAUAUAAAAAUCCAUUUUGUUUUAACCCUUAGUGAAAGUAUGAUGUUUUAUGGUCUCUGCACAUUUUUAGUCUUUAGGCCAAUUCUUAUUCACUACUAUUCAAGUUGGCAGGACAGGAGGCAAGGGAUCCCACAAGUGCCAUUUCCCAGCAUCCUCCACUGAACUACAAUUAAAACCGCUGUAUUCUGGCAUUUGUCAGUAGCGUCCGUGAUUGUAGUCCAUGUAAGAUUAAGAAAGUUCCUUUUGUAGAAUUAAAUACCCAGAGGCACUCUCAAGAAGCGACAUUCCUGACACAUUUUACCCCACGGGAGCUAACCAAGUUUAAAUCUAAAUAACACACCACUGCUGCUGCAAAAACUUUGUUUCUGAGCCACAAGGAUCGUCUUUGAACAGAAGAAAUCGUAAACAUAAGGCCAAAUGUAGAAAUGAAAAGCAAACCACAGCCAUUGAAUAUGUCAGGUCUUACAUGUAUGUAUGUUGAUAUUACAAUGUGAAGCAAACUACACAAUAAAUUCAAUGAUUUCCUUACAUGUGAUAAUUAACUUGUACUAAAUAAAGCAAGUCACACUGAAAUAGCACGCCAGUUAUAUAA